UCAGGGACUACUUAAAGUGUCCCUGAGAGUUCUACCCUUUUGUGCUUCUUUCUGGUGUAUAAAAAUCUUGUAGGUCUUCAGAAGAUGGGUUUCUUUGGAGUGGGCUAUAAAGAGCCCCAAGGUUCUGUUGUUUAGCUGAACUGUGUACCGUGGAAGAGAGGAGUAGCUUCUCAGUUUGACUAGAGAGACAAACUACUCUACCUGCAAGAAGGAAACUGAGGUAGCGGUUGGACCUGACAAAAAGAGAAGGUUCUUGUAUACAGGGGUAUUUGAUGCCACGGUUAGCGAUGUCUGCCCAUAGGUUAAUUUCCAACCAAACAUCUCAGCAAGCUUUAUCGAACUCUGAUUACACUUGGGAGUAUGAGUACUAUGAGUAUGGACCAGUUUCCUUUGAAGGACUGAAAGCUCAUAAAUAUUCCAUUGUGAUUGGAUUUUGGGUCGGUCUGGCAGUUUUUGUCAUUUUCAUGUUCUUUGUGCUGACCUUGCUGACGAAGACAGGAGCACCGCACCAAGACAAUACAGAACCUUCUGAAAAAAGAUUUCACGUGAGUAGCUUUGUGGCAGACUUUGGAAAACCUCUGGAGUCAGACAGGGUAUUUUCGCGUCAAGUAGCUGAAGAGUCCAGGUCACUCUUUCACUUUUACAUUAAUGAAGUGGAGCAUUUGGACAAAGCAAAACAAAGCCAUAAGGCCCCAGGUCUGGACAGUAAUAUUCGCUUCCAGGAAGUAGCUAGGAGUAGUGGAAGGCUGGAGGAGGAGCUGAAUUGCCUUACAAAAUUUAACAUCCCCAACUUCGUGAACACUGACCAGAAUUCUUCACUGGGUGAAGAUGAUUUGCUGAUUUCAGAGCCACCAAUCAUUUUAGAAAGCAAACCAGUUAUCCAAGCCUCAUGUCAGAUCCUUGACUGAAAAACCUUGGUUUCUAAAGCAAAGUGUCUUUUAUUGUUUCUGUGGUAUCAAGAACUCUUAUUCAGCUGCUAACAUCAGACCUUUUUGCCUAUUUCAGUAGAAGAUAUUUCAUAUCUUAUGCCUUGUUUUGUUGUGAAUAUUGAACUGACUGACCUCACUUUCGUGUAAAGUGAAAUACUUAAUAUUUUAUGUCAAGACUUAUUUUAUGUCACUUUCAAGUGUUUCCUAAGAUCAAAACCUUCUUCAGCAUUGCUGUUGUUGCUUGCUAUUUGUUUUAUUUAACUAGCCAUCAUGCCCAGCUGCCUAGUGGUAGCAGAACACACUAACAUGAGACAAGAGUUGCAAUGCACUUGACUCGGCUUUGUGGGAUUGCUGCAGCUGCAGAGGGAGGAGUAUCAUUGGAUUCUGAAAGGAAUGGCAUGGAACUGUUUGGCCAGGAGGACAGUAAACUCAAAUCAAGACUGAAUGGAGAAAUAAGAAGAGGAAGCACCUUUUCAGGCUCUGAAUCUCCUCCCCUCCCCCCCAUUCAAAAGGCAGAUUAUUUUGAAACAUAACCAACAUAAUAAAAAUUUGCCAUUAAUCUGCACUCAAGACUCCUCGCAGCUUUUAGAGGCUACUGAAACCCCACCUAUCAAAAUUCUAGUGAUGCUGUUCUGUAUGUUGUAUUCAGUUAGUGUUUACAAAAUACAGUUACCAUCUGCUGCUGAAGAUAUUUAGUGUUUCAGAAAAUUUCAUAUUCUUGCAGUUGUGGGUGGCUGGGUGACCUAGAAUGAAUGCGUUCUACAUACAAUUAAUAACAUUCAGUUUUGUGGACUUGAUUGUCAAUGUGAGCCUUUAACAUGGUGAGCACAGGAUUUAAUACAGAAAGUAUAGGAAACAGGGUUGAAAACAUUCCUGUUUUGUCCACAGCACAACAGAUAUAGCCAGUUACUUAGUGUAUGUUUGUAAUUGAUUGAUGCUUGCUGUUACUGUACUUUACUCAGAGAAAGCAAGCAAGUGGCUGCACAGUACUUGCGACUGUAGUGCUCAUGCAUUCUGAUAUUUUUGGGGUAACUGCAAAACCACUGAGAGCUAUUUUGUAAAAAAAUAAAGAAUUUGGGAGAGAUUUA